AUGGAAGCCAAGCGGCCGGAGCCCGUUACCAUCAUCAGCCUGCGAAAGCUGAGCCUGGCGGCCCCCGAGCCCCAGCCCAAAGAGACCAAGACCUUCACCGUGGAGGACGCCGUGGAGACCAUCGGCUUUGGACGUUUCCACAUCGCCCUGUUUCUCAUCAUGGGCAGCACCGGAGUUGCUGAGGCCAUGGAGAUCAUGCUGAUAGCUGUGGUGUCGCCUGUCAUCCGCUGUGAGUGGCAACUGGAGAACUGGCAGGUGGCCUUGGUGACCACGAUGGUGUUUUUUGGCUACAUGGUGUUCAGCAUCCUCUUUGGGCUCCUGGCGGACAGGUACGGUCGCUGGAAGAUUCUGUUCAUCUCGUUCCUGUGGGGCGCCUACUUCUCCUUGCUCACCUCCUUCUCGCCCUCCUACAUCUGGUUCGUCUUCCUGCGGACGAUGGUGGGCUGUGGAGUGUCUGGUCACUCGCAAGGGCUAAUCAUCAAGACUGAGUUUUUGCCGACAAAAUACCGAGGCUACAUGCUGCCUUUGUCGCAGGUCUUCUGGCUCGCUGGCUCCCUGCUCAUCAUCGGCCUGGCGUCUGUGGUCAUCCCCACCAUUGGCUGGCGCUGGCUCAUCCGCAUUGCGUCCAUUCCUGGCAUCAUCCUCAUUAUGGCCUUCAAGUUCAUUCCUGAAUCUGCUCGCUUCAAUGUGUCCACCGGCAACACGCAGGCCGCCCUGGCCACGCUGGAGCACAUCGCCAGGACCAACCGCUCGGUCAUGCCCGAGGGGAGGCUGGUGGAACCCAUCCUGGACAAAAGGGGAAGGUUUGCAGACCUGCUGAAUGCCAAGUAUUUGCGGACCACGCUGCAGAUCUGGGUCAUCUGGCUGGGCAUCUCCUUCGCCUACUAUGGGGUGAUCCUGGCCAGCGCCGAGCUGCUGGAGCGGGACCUGGUGUGCGGCUCGCGCUCGGAGUCCGAGGUGGCAGUGCCCGUGGGGGACUCGGAGGAGAGCCGCAGCCCCUGCCACUGCCACAUGUUCGCGCCCUCGGACUACCGCACCAUGAUCAUCAGCACGCUGGGCGAGAUCGCGCUGAACCCUUUAAACAUCCUGGGCAUCAAUUUCCUGGGGAGACGCCUGAGCCUCUCCAUCACCAUGGGCUGCACAGCCUUGUUUUUCCUGCUGCUCAACAUCUGCACCUCAAGUGCUGGUCUCAUCGGUUUCCUCUUCAUGCUGAGGGCUCUGGUGGCUGCCAACUUCAACACCAUCUACAUCUACACAGCCGAGGUCUACCCCACCACGAUGCGUGCCUUGGGGAUGGGGACCAGCGGGUCCCUCUGUCGCAUUGGAGCAAUGGUGGCACCAUUCAUCUCUCAGGUCCUCAUGAGUGCCUCGUUCCUGGGUGCCCUGUGUCUGUUCUCAUCUGUCUGUGUGGUCUGCGCCAUCUCUGCAUUUACCCUGCCCAUCGAGACCAAAGGGAGAGCCCUGCAGGUUCACUGCGUGUUCACGGUGCACUCACUACAGGCUCACUGCGUGCAAACUGCAGGCUUACUGUCUGAGGCCUCCAGCAACGAGGGCGAUGAAACCCAGCUUUGCAGCUGUGGCUUGAAUCAUGGGAAUGGGUGA